AUGGCUGGAAUUCGACCACUCAUCAUCUUCCUUUUAUCCACCACAAUCUUCGGUGCUUCGAAUGAUCGAUGUGAAACUUGCAAAAAGACUCUCAACCAGGAAAACAUCGAUGUUAUUUUUGCAGCAAUCUUGCGGCAUUCAGUGAAUGGAAUGUUUGAAAAACAUUCACUUGAAUUCAGCACUUUGCUCGCUCUCGUCAAAACCUUUCAGGCUGUGCCCUAUGAAGUUUGUCACCAUGUUGGAUAUUGUGACUUUCCAGUGAAACGUCGACAUUUUGACACAAAUCCUUUGCGAAAAGUGAUUGACAACGUCUUUGAAGAACCACGAAAAUUUGCAGUAAAACAGAAGUUUUACUGGUCCUCUUGCUAUGAAUGUGUCGAAUUUUUCACUAUGGUCAACGAACGGAGAGAACAAAUCCUUUCGAUUGCCCAAACAAUCAUCUCACGGCUUUAUGGGAAUGCAUUGAGUCAAAAUCAAAUUGAAUCGUUGAAGGUUGAGAUGAAAGGAAUGCUUGCCAGCCUUACUUAUUACCUCGAAGAUAGUUUACUG